AUCAAGAGUUCAGCGCUUACCAAAAAUAAGAAUUAUAUGUAUAUGUAUGUACGAGCACUAACUACGACCAAAUAACCAAGUUGCAUAAAAUAUACAAAAGACGAAUCACGUAAUACUCCAAGAAUUUGAACAUAAAAGAUAAAAAGUGUACCCGCAACAUUAGCAACAUAAGAGGUGACGCGUCGUGUUACUUCGCGGAAACGUCAACAAUGCUGAAGUUUCAGAUACAUGCACCGGGAAAGGUGAUUCUCCAUGGGGAGCAUGCUGUCGUCUACCAUAAGCCCGCCCUGGCCGCUGUCGUUGGACUGGGAACGAAGCUGCAGCUGCGCACGCAACCCGAGAGCCAAGUAGCAAGUUUUCAAUUGGAGGCGUUAAAUUGCACAUUGGAGAUACAACUGCCCGAGUUCAAUGCAUUCCUGAGCAAGUUCCGUAGUAAAUAUCCAGGCGAUAAGCCAGAUUGUACAGCCAAACUAUUGGAGGAGGUGCGUGCGGAGGUGGCAAAGCAGCUGGAGGGCAGCGGCAGUAACACACCCAAGCAACAAAGUACACAAAAAGCCUUCGUAUCAAUAUAUUAUUUAUUGGCGGGUGCUGUGCUCUCGGCACCUAAAAAUCCCACGUUGACCCUGCAAUCUGGUUUCCAAGUUAAAAUUGAAAGCGAGCUAAACGUGGGCUCUGGCUUGGGCAGCUCCGCUUCGUAUGGCGCUGCAUUAGCUGCUGCUUUCCUCAUCUUGGCUGGCCAUUUUGGCAAGGAAAGCUAUAUCCGCGAGGAGAAUCAGGCCCUGAUAUCGCAAUGGGCCUAUGAAUCGGAGCGCAUAAGCCACGGAACACCCUCUGGAGUGGACAACACUGUCUGUACCUACGGCGGCAUGCUUAAAUUUAUCAAAGGGCAAGGUUUUCAGCCACUGCACAUACACAAGCCGCUAAAUAUCCUGCUGGUGGAUAGUCGAGUAAGCCGCAGUACUGCGGACAUAGUGGCCAAAGUCCGCCACUUGGCCGAAACGUUUCCGCAUCUGAUUGAGGCCAUUUGGAAGACCUGCGAGGAGUUGGUCACAGCGGCUAUUCCAUUGUACGAGAGCUUUGGCAAUGCCAAGGACGACAGUGAAAAAUUCGAAAAGCUAGAGCGAUUGUUUCAGAUUAAUAACGACCUGUUGAAAGCUAUAGGGGUAACCCAUCCAAAGCUGGAGCAAAUAUUUACUAUAGCUUUUAAACGUGGCUUCUUUUCCAAACUAACUGGUGCCGGCGCUGGUGGGUUUGCUAUUGUUUUAUUGCCGGAAAACUACGAACAAAACGAAGUUUACUGGAAGCUGAAGGAGGAAUUGGAGGCGGCUGGUUUUGGUGUGCACGCUACCACAGCUGGCGGAGCAGGAUUACGUGUGUCGACUCUUGAGGAUUGAUACGGCAACGGGAAAAUGACAUUUUGUUGAACUUAAACUGUAUUUUUAUUAGUAUUGUAUGUAUUCGUGGUUUCAUUACUUGAAAUAAAUUUCACAUAUUUUAUACACUCAA